AGGUAGAACUUUGGAAGGAAUCUGAGAGUACCAAUAUUUAAACCCGUUGCCAUGGCGACUUGUCCACGAUUGGCCACAGCGGCGUAAGUACAAGAAAAACGUCAUCAAAUCUGAAUACGGAUGCAAGAUGCUCCCGCGAACUAGAACAGAGUGAUGCAAAAAAGUGUCGUUGAGGUGAGUGGACACAAGCAGGUGGAUCAAGAGCACAAAACAAACCCGGGAGGAAACCUUGGAGAAGCCUUUUUGUUAACAUCGAAUACAUUUAUUUUAUGAUUCCAUGGAUUUCUGGAUGCCGACAGGUAUGAUGCAUAACAAUCAUCACGUCCGGAGGGUUUCCCUCUAGGCGUGUUGGGGACUCAUUCUCAAGACGGAACAUUUGCUCUGCUGUUGCCUCCCUCUCCAAAAAGCCAAGACGUUGCUCCGCGCCGAUUCGUGUGGCCCCAAUCCGAGGCGCGGUGCCCGUUUGGGAAGGUCGGCUCUCGGUUCCCUCCAGGGCGGAAUGAUGGUGCACUGCGCGGGGUGCGAGAGGCCCAUUCUCGAUCGGUUCCUCUUAAAUGUCCUCGACCGUGCAUGGCACGCCAAGUGUGUCCAAUGCUGCGAGUGUAACUGCAACCUGACCGAAAAAUGUUUCUCCAGGGAUGGAAAGCUCUAUUGCAAAAUUGACUUUUUCAGGCGUUUUGGUACGAAAUGUGCGGGCUGCUUGCAGGGCAUUUCGCCCAGCGACCUCGUGCGAAGAGCGCGCAGCAAGGUGUUCCAUCUGAACUGUUUCACGUGCAUGGUGUGCAACAAACAGCUGUCCACGGGAGAGGAGCUCUACGUCAUCGACGAAAACAAAUUUGUGUGUAAAGAGGACUAUACGAGCGCGAGCGCUAUCAAAGAGGUCAAUUUAAAUUCAGUGUCAUCGUGUACGGAUCGGAGUUUAUCGCCUGAUCUCCCGGAUGCGAUCCAGGACGACACGAAGGAGACGGACAAUUCCACAUCCUCAGAUAAGGACACUAACAACAACGAGAACGAGGAGCAAAACUCGUGCACGAAGCGGCGGGGCCCGCGCACCACCAUCAAGGCCAAACAGCUCGAGACUCUGAAAGCAGCGUUCGUGGCGACGCCGAAGCCCACGCGACACAUCCGCGAGCAGCUCGCGCAGGAGACAGGCCUCAACAUGCGAGUCAUACAGGUGUGGUUUCAAAAUCGACGGUCUAAAGAACGCAGAAUGAAGCAGCUCAGCGUUCUCGGUGCUCGACGACACGCUUUCUUCAGGGGACCACGCAGAAUGAGGCCACUUGGAGGAAGACUAGAGGACCCUGACAUAAUGGGCCCUGGAGGAUACAGCUACUAUGGAGAAUACCAAGGGGACUAUUACGGGCCAGUGGUCAACUAUGAUUUCUUCCCUCACGGACCCCCUUCCUCACAGGCACAGUCUCCAGCCGAGUCCCCGUACCUCCUCAGCUCGGGUUCAGGAGCCCUGGAGGGCGGUCCAGUCUCCGCUCUCCACCCCUCAGACGACCAAAGGUUCACGGACAUGAUCUCUCAUGCGGAUACCCCCAGUCCUGAGCCAGGCAUGACUGGACCUCUCCAUCCUAAUCCACAGGGGGAGGGUGGCUUCACAGGGGGUCCGAGUCCACCCUUCCCCCUGGCCAACAAUACCAGUUACAGCGGCCCCAUGUCCCAUCCUGGUCAAGAGAUGGGGGAGAACACUGUUUGGUAGGACAGCAAGAGGCAGGAAAGACUCUUAACAAAGGAAACAGAGGGAAUUCCAUCCAAACUGGUCUACCUAAGUGCUAAAGGUUACUGAAGGAAGAUUUACUGGCUGGUCAUGGACCAGAAUGAACCAAUAUUUGGACCAUAAACCUGAAAGGUGGAAAGACAUCAAGUGCAAAUGACCCUCUCUUGCGGUUUAGGUUCUACUGUCAAGGAAUGUGUAUUGUCAGUGGUCCUCUUGACCAAUCACAUUGGUUUGAUUCCGUUUCUUGAGUUUAAUACUAUAAUUGCGACAAUAUCUCAGAUGUUUGUCCAAGGGGUUUUCUACUGCAUUUGAUGGUCAGAAGUGAGCUAGAACUUAAAGGUAAAUCCAUUUUCAUUGUUUCGUUGCCGUUAGUUUCUUCCUUUUCUGAGAUCCCGAAGGCUUUAUGUUUUCUGUUCUGUCUUAAAACUGGUCCAUUUGUAACAUAUUUGGUUCAUUCAUUAACUGCUGAAUUGGUUCAUUAAACAUUUCAAUGAACACUCAGUAUACCGGUGUUCUGAUAAAUCUAUGCCUGUCAAAACACACUUUGCACUAAUCAAAUAUCUGAUAUGUAAUUGGACUUACAGGUACACUGAAUCAAAAAUUAUAACGCAUUUCAGAGGGAAAAAGUUAUUUUUAGUUAAAACAUAACUGUGGUCAAAUUGACCCAACAACUAAGGAUAUCUUGUUUUAUCUCUUUUUUAAUUAUUAUUUAGUUUUCACACUUUAAAACAAACAUGUGCACCUGCAACAUAUGGAGACAUCUGCCUUACCCAAAUCACCUCCCAUCCCCCAUCUUCUGCACAGAGGCCUUUGCCCACACAGUGAUCUGUCAUUGAGAAGCUUGCAGAAACGCCUGACGAGCCUGUGCUUUGUUCAACUUCAUUUAACCUUCGCUUUAGUACCUUGCUUUGAAAAAAAAAAAGUGUUUUAAUGGAAAUGAUUUUCAAAAGAACAUUGAAGCCAUAAUGAAAAAUGUCUUUUAACAGCUGAGGUCUCUCUUCUCAAUGGGGGGAAAACAAAAGGAUGGGACAGGCAACAUCUGUGACUUACCACUGCACCCUGAACAGCCUCCAGACUGAAAGCAGGCGCCAUCUGAUGGGCUAGUGAAGAAAAACAAUCAUCUUGACAAAUGUCACCUGGCCAUAGGGGGUUAUAAUAAUUUAGUAAUAAUUUAACUAGUUUUUGGUACUCAAAUAAAAAAUACAACCUGGAAAAUUGUCCCAGGCCCAUGAUGGGAGUCUCACCAGAGGUCCUUUAUACUGUAGUCUACUUAUUAGGUCUAGCGAAGGUUGACCCACCCAUAAAAAAUAAAUCCACCACAUCAAUUCUUAGCACCCUUUAUGGGUACUUUCAAACUCAGGAUAUAACAUAUGAUUUUUAAUAUAAAUAAUUCACUCAUUCCUAUAAAUCCUUUCAAAAGGUAUCACAGUCAAACAAACAUGUAUCUGCUUUCAUGCCAAACGUGUUUUCAAUGUUAUGAAUCUUAAUACUCAUACAUUUAGAGACUUGUAGGUCUCCACUCCUUGUCUCAGUGGGAUCAGGUGGGCCUGUGGAGGACCACGCAGGCCCCAAUUUUCCCCCUGACUGGUUUUAACAUAACGGGUAAUGUGAGAGGAGCAGGCACGGGCUCUUCCACACCAUCUUCUCCCCCAGAGGGAGACUCUGAGCCGGGCUGGAUCCCACAUUCAACCCCUCCUGCCGUGGAAAACGUGGUCUUUAGUGCCACCAUACCAUUACUGCCUGCCAUAUCCCUCUGUUAUUUACUUGUCCUCCUUCUCUCUGUUUGCUCCCUGGAGCCUGCCAGCACCAUAUCUCGUUUGGCGAGGUAGAAUAGAGGUCUUUAUCUCAGGGAGGUGAGGACGUGAAGGCAAGGAGCUUGGGGACUGAAAAGGUGUCUGUAUACACAUACGGACAGGGGCCAUGCUUUGACCAAGAGAUUCACAGGAAACACUUUGAGAUCUCAGAAAAAAAUCUUUAGUUUUAUAACCCUAAUAUAUCCAAUGUCUUGUUUCUGCACACACACAUAUCACACAAGCCUUUUUGUAAUGGAUUUCCUUGUUUUGCUUCAGUGAGAGGGAAGAGGUGGUGGUGGAGGGGAGAGAAGCCUUCUGUUGUUGCUAUAAAUCACCUGCUCGUUCUCUCACACCUCUCUCCCUCCCGUUUCUCCGUCCCAUGCUAUCCCACAAUGCCCCCCUCCACCCGGCACACAAUCAGCCCCAAGCACAGGAACCCCUAGAAACUGCAAAUCCUCUCAGCAUCCCUCCUCACUUCGGUUUGCUUACUCUAUCGCUCUCUUCAGCCUAGAUUUUAUUAUCUUUCACGUCACCUUUACUUUUCUCUUCAGAGAUUACGGUUAUAUUUGCACAUUUUCUUUUUGAUUUCAGACUCUUCGAAGGUCAAAUGUUUAAGCAUAAUCAUGAAAAGUUUUAUUUGAGCAAACUCGAAUAUAGCAGAGGAAAUU